GAGGUGACGCCUGUCGCAUAUUGUGGUAUCAAAUACGAUAACCACUUAUCAGUGUAUUUUAGUGGUUCGUGACAUUCAAACAUUCAUUAUUGACGGCUCGAGUAUCUAAUUUUAUACAGCUUUAUUAAAAUGGAUUCAUCUAAACGACCUGACUGUGUUAUACAAACAGCAGAUGGACCAGUUCGUGGUUGUGUGGAUGAUACAGGUGAACAAAUUUGUUAUAAAUUUAAAGGUAUACCAUACGGAAAACCACCUUUAGGACCAUUGCGAUUUUUGCCUCCAAUAGCUAACGAUCCGUGGAUUGAAGAAAUUGACUGCACACAAGAAACACCAUUACCUCUCAACGGUUGCGAAAAAUACACAAUGGGAUCGGAAGAUUGCCUUUACAUUGAGAUUUCGACACCAAAUCUAAAACCUUCUAAACCCUUACCAGUUAUAUUUUGGAUAAAUAGCGUUAAUUUUUCACAUUGGUUAACUGAUUUCUGGGAUCCAGUAACGAUUACCAAUCAGGGGGUCAUAUUUGUAACAUGUAGUUUUAGAAUUGGUCCUUUUGGAUUUCUUUCAUUUAAUGACUGCACAGCACCUGGUAACUGUGGAUUAAAAGAUAUUAUUCUAGCUUUAAAAUGGGUUCAAACAAACAUUAGUCGCUUUGGAGGCGAUCCUGAGAAUGUAACACUUUGUGGAAGUAAUAGUGGAGGAUCGAUAAUACAUCUCAUGAUGUUGUCACCAAUGGCGAAAGGUUUAUUUCACAAAGCUAUAAUACAAAGUGCUAGUGCUCUGAAUAAUUGGUCAUUGUCACUAAAUCCCUCCUUAGCGGCGACAGAACUUUGUCAACAAUUAGGAAUAACAAAAACCGAAAGACACGAAAUUAUUGAAGAAUUAAGGUUUUUACCUGACGUGGACAUUUUAGACGCGUUUAAUGAAUUAUAUUCUCGCUUAAAAAAUACACCUAAUAAUGAUAUUUUUGAUGCCGUUUUCAAACCAUGUAUAGAAGAUGAUUUUGAAGGUCAAGCUGCAUUUCUUACAAAAACUCCUCACACAAUAAUAAAAUCUGGAGAUUUUAAUAAAGUGCCAUUUAUAAUUGGAAGUAAUAACGCAGAAGCCAGUGUAAUAGACUACAUAAAAAAUGAUUAUUAUAGAAGUAAUUUAGAAAAAUACCAAGAUAAUAUCGGACUUCUAGUACCGAGAUCACUAUGUGUUGAAGAAACUAAAUCAAAAAUUGUGGGACGACAAAUUUUAAAUUUUUAUCUAGGAGAAUCUGAAAGUCUUACAGAAAAUACUAAAAGACAAUAUGUGCAAAUACUGAGCGAUUACUAUUUUCUAUAUUAUGUAAACAAAACAGUAAUACUACAUAGUCAAUAUUCCCAUGAAUGUCCAAUAUUUUAUUACAUACUUAAUUGCACUGGAGAGUGGGAAGUUCCGGAGCAAUUAAAUAUACUAAAUUCUUCUGGACACUUUACAGAAUUAGGAUUCAUAUUUCAAAUAAAAUCUGAUUCAAAGAUUUGUAAAGGCAGUCGCGAUUCUCAAAUCACGAGGAAGAGGGUGGUCAAAAUGUGGACCAACUUUGCCAAAUACGGAAAUCCAACCCCAAACCCCGACGAUUCAUUACUACAAGUCACUUGGGACCCCGUUGAAAAUAAGAAUCAACUACAUUAUAUCAAUAUAGGAACAGAAAUUACAAAAGGUAAAAAUCCAUUCUACGAAAGAAUGGCUUUUUGGGACAAAUUUUACAAGGACCAUGUGUUUUUAAAAGCUAACGCUUAUUUCAACGGCUUGGGUAUAGCAUGGUAGAAAUACGUUAAUAGAAGCCCUUUAAAUUGUAUAAACUUCUCUAACCUAAAAUAUUUAAAUCAAAUUCUAAAGUAAACAAAUGGCUUUGUCUGAAUCAUCAGAUUUCUAAAUCAAUUUACUAAAUGACAGCUAGUGAUAUCUAGUAAAGUACCUUCUUUCAAUAACAGUAAUAGUUAUACCUUAAUAGAUACAUAUAUAGAUAGUAGCUGAUGCAAAUAGUAUCAUACUUCUCAAAACUAAAAUCGGUUGAGCAGUUUCUGAAACUAAAAUUAGUUUGAACGAACGUCGUGACACGCAAUUUAUUAAGAUAGAACAUUUUACUAUAUUAUGUAAUCAAACAGUAAUUAUAUAAGAUCAUAUGUACUUGUUUAUUAUUUUAUUCUCAAAUACAGGGUAAAAACGAUAUAUGAUCUCAUCUUGUUCUUCUUAAUCUGUAGAAGAUAUUUUAAUAGUUCGUAAUGAUUCUAAAAGUGUAUAACUUUAAUAAUUGUUAAAUUGAUGAAGCUGAUAUUUGAUACUGUAAUUUACCUCUAAAAUGUUAAUGUUAUAUUAAGUCCCCAAUAACCAAAUCCAAUAACAAAUAACCAAUUGAUUAAUUACUGAACUAUUUCAUUUCAUUUUUCAUUUUGUAAUCUAGUGGCUAUAAACGCCCUCAAGAGUGAAAAUCAAAAUCUAACCGCAAUGGAAAACGGAGUACAUAGUUCCACAUCAUAAAGUAGGAUACUUAAAAAGUAUAUCUAAAUACCUAGUUAGGUACAAUGUUUCUUAUGAAUUCAUGACUGAUAAAUUUAACUAUAAGUAAAAUUCCUAAGAAGGUAUUGUUCGUUCAUUGUUCUAAUAAAUAUCUAACAUAAGUA